GGCAAGACUUCAGUCAGCCACAAGAUAGUGUCAACUAUACGUGUAUUGCAAACUUGUGUUUUUAGUAGAUAAUAUAUCUAUACUAUAUUACUAUAUAAAGUUUGUGAGUUUGAAUGUUCGUGGUAAUCUCCGAUAUUACUGAUCCGAUUUUGAAAACAUUUUCACUGUUAGAAAGGUGAAUGAGUGCUGUAAUAUAUAUUUUCAACAAUUAAUCACAAUGUUAUUAAAGUCGGUAAAAUUCUAUAAUGUGAUGUGUGUUGUCUGAACGAUUUGAAAUAAAGAAAUAAAAUAUAUAGUAAAAAUAUUUAUUACUUUUAACUUUACAAGAAAGUUUGCAACACCAUAUAUCUUCAUAUAAUAUCUCAGCCAAAAAGAUGGAUUGUAGCCGCUCAUUUUAAAACUUUAAAGAAUAUCAGUGCAUUACCUACAUACACGCCGAUAUACCAGUGUUACUAAAAUGUAUUGAACAAUUUAAGUUACACAAACAAAUAUUGCGCACGUGGGUCAUAGAUUAAAGUCAACAGCUGAGCUGUGAUGGAGUAUACCCCACAGAAUUUAGAAUUUGCAGUAUCAGUUUUCUACAAUGGUGAACAAUUCGACCGAGCUAAAGCUCAUACCUGGCUUACGGCUGCUCAACGAGUCCCUGAAGCCUGGAAAUUUGUUUGGGAACUAUUACAACCAUCCAAGGGUACUGAAAUUCAAUUUUAUGCAGCAACAACACUGCAUACCAAAAUACUUAGAUGUUGGAAUGAAGUACCACCAGAGAACUAUGAAGAAUUAAAAGAAAAACUCUUACAAGCAGUAUUUACAUAUUCAAAGGGACCGAAGAUUGUUACAAAUAGAUUAUGUAUAAGUCUGGCAGCUUUCAUUUUGCAACAAGGCACAGUAGAUUUAGCCACAAUACUAAGGCCAUUAUCAACAAUGGAAAACACAUCUUUACUUCUAGAAGUUCUAACUGUGAUACCAGAAGAAUAUAACAGCAUGACAAUGGGAUCAGCACUUCGGGCUAAAAACUGUGCUGCACUGCAGCAAGCAUGUCCUGCAGUCCUUGAUGAUAUGUUAAGAUAUCUGCAGACUGUUUACAUCGAAUACAGUGAUGAGGGCCCCCCGGAGGCUUCAGUGCAGGGCUGGCUGAGGGCGGCGAACUGCGCGUACAGCUGGCUGACGCUGAGUGACGAGGACGCGGCCGGCGCGCUGCCCGACCGCCUGCCGCUGUGCCGCGCGCUGCUGCACCUCGUGCGGCUGCUCUACUCGUGCUCGGAGGCGGUGAGCGACUCUGCGCUGGAGGCGUGCGAGAUGGCGCUGUCGGCGGUGCGCGCGGCGGGCGCGGCGCCGGACGCGGCGCGCCAGCCCCGCGCCGCGCUGCAGCUGCUCGCCGACCUGCUCGCGCUCGUCGCGCCCGUGCUCGCGCGCGACAAUGUGCCCAACUCUAUUAACGAGGAGUUACUGUCAGCGCUAAUAACGUGCUGCGUAGCAUUGGGCGAGUGUCAUACGCAAGUCAUAGUGCAGGCUGCAGAAGGCGCUGGAGGAAACGCGGGCGAGGAGACUGCCCGGCAACUCGUGGAGGUGCUACUGGCCGCGCAAGCAGCGCCCGGACAUUACCCGCUGCAUGAGACACGCUCCAAUCUCGUAUUCGGCUUCUGGUACACAUUGCAGGAUCAAGUACUAAACGUGCCCAGUGAAAAAGAAUUGCAUCCCAUGUGGCGGGAGGUGUUCUCGCAAUUGUUAACAACUCUUGUAUGCAAGUCAGAAGUGCCAGCAGACGUGACGCUUUCCAGGGAUGAUAUAGAAUUAUUACGGUGUUAUCGACAAGAUAUCUCCGAUACUGUGAUGUACUGCUUCGGUAUCCUGGGCGAGUGGUGCUGGACGACGGUGGAGGCGGCGUACAGCGCGGCGAGCACGGACGCGCGGCGCGAGGCGGCGCUGCACGUGUUCGUGGCGCUGGCGGACGCGGCGCCGCCGCAGCGCGCGCCCGACGCACUCGCCGCGCUGCUGCAGCGCGCCGUCGGCGUCGCAGGUGCGCCAUCGCCUUCGUCCGCGCUGCUCGCCACCGCGCUCGACUGCUUAGGCGCGUACGCGUCGUGGGUGGGGUCAGUGGGCGAGGCGCGCGGCGCGGCGCUGGGCGGCGAGUGCGUGCGCGCGGCGGGCGCGGCGCUGGCGCGCAGCCCGGCCGCCGCCGCGCUCGCGCUGCGCCGCCUCUGCACCGACUGCCGCGCGCCCGCCGCCGCGCUCGCCGCGCACGUCGUGCACGCCGCGCACGCCGCGCAGAGCAAAACAUAUGGUAGCAAGAACGAGGGCGGAGAAGUAGGUAACUGCAUCAGCGACGCGUGGGUGCGGCGUCAGCUACUGGGGGCGGCGGGCGCGGCGCUGGCGGCCGCCGACUACGCCGACGCCGCGCCGCUCCUGCAGACACUCGCCGCCACGCUUUACGAAGACCUCCAGCAGCAGGCACGGUCGGCGGCGCGGCCCGGCGGCGGAAGUGGUGGCGGUGCAGCGGAGUUGGCGGGCGCAUUGCUGGCCGCGCUAGACCCGCAGCCGGCGCUUGCUGCCGACUUGCUGCGCGCGCUAGCACCUGCACUGCCACCAUUUGCGUUGCAUCCCGCACUUGUCGAGCCCAUGUUUCACAUUCUAAAACAAGCGGUGGCGACUUUGAUGACAGACUGCAUUCGAAUGGUGGGAGAAAUAGCCCAACUCACUAUCACCGGCUUCAAUACUAGACCUUGUGCUUCCGGAUUAGAUGUUGUCAAAUUAUUGGUGCUGUUCGUGGGCUCGGAGUGGCCGGAAUCCCCGCAGCUGUUGCACGGGUGCAUAGCGCGCAGCGCAGCCGCCGUGGCCUCCGAUCCGUCCGCCUGCCCCGACCUCACUGAGGCACUGUUCGCACUCUUGCACACCAUUACCAAGAAGAAGCCGCAAUAUAUCGACUGGAUAGACGAUUUGCUUCCAGAAUUGGUUGACUUAGGGUGCGAGUGCGUGCGGCUGUGGGAGGUGUCGGCGGCGCGCGCGGCGUGCGGCUGGCUGGCCGCGCUGGCGGCGCAGCGGCCGCCCGCGCUGCAGCCGCGCGCGCCCGCGCUCACCGCCGCCGUGCUGCGCUGCAUCGGCGGCGCAACGCCCCGCAACCAGAUCGAGCCGCUGGCGGAGCUGCUGCUGGCGCUGAACCGCGCAGAGUGGCGCUGCCCGCCGGGCGCCGCGGCCGAGCAGGCGGCCGGGCUCGCGGGCUGGCUGCGGCAGGCGCUCGCCGUCGCCGGCUUCCCCACCGAGCACGCCACCGACCCGCACAAGCACAAGUUCAUCGCGGCCGUCGUCAAAGAAAAAAGCAGUAAACGAAGACUACUAGAGACCGUCCAGGAGUUCUCUUUAGUCUGCCGCGGUCUCAUCGGUACGGAGUAUGCGCGGCAAACCCUCGCCUCUAGACAACUUGUAGCUUAAGUAUUGACACUGCGUUAAAUUAUUAUUUAUUUUUAUUAACAUUACUAAUGAUUCCGGUUUUUUGUGAUUAUAUAAAUCAUGGAUUAAAUUUGUGUUUCAAACGGUGAUAUAAUCAUGUAUAUUAAUAAUGUUUUUAUAAUUUACGUAUAAUGAAACCCCGCAAUACGUAAAUUACUUAGAAUGAAUAAAUAUGACAAUAUUGACCUUUUUUUAAAAUAAUUAUUCUUCGGAAAGUUGGAAUUUUAAUAUGCAACUAUAUUUGUUGAGAUUGUUUAUACACACGUAUUGAUAAGUUGGAUUAAGAAAAGAGGAGGUUAUUAAAAUAAGUGAUAAGGGAUACCGUGAAUUGUAUAAGUAUGGAUUCAUUAUGCCUUAAAAAUUUUUUAUGCUCUAUGUGUGGAUAGAAGUCGAAGUAAAUGUUGAUUCUUUCCUGGCUAUUUUUAUUUUAAUACCACUUAUUAUGUUAAUUAAAUAAAUUUUCUUACUUUUUGGUCCCAAUAUUAGAUUUGGCCAGAAAAACUUUUAAUUGGUUAUUGUAACUGAUAAUUCUUCUACUGAUAUUUAUUGUCAGUUGGUAUAGCGCCCAUUUAUAUAAUAAAUUCUGCGUUAGUGAAAUCCAUCCAAAUUCCAUCACAUGAACUACAUUCGUAGCUACUAUUCUCAACAUUUUGAUCUCUUGAUUUUAUAGCAGCUGCUGUAAAAUCAAGAGCCCCUAAGCCCGAUUCAAAUCAGCAAUUUUAUAUUGUACUUGAUCUUUUUGACAUAAGCACCUGAAUGACCGACAUUUACAACUUAGUUUAGUUAGGCUUAGUUUUACUUAACAACGUCAUCUAUUGAGUUAUUGAUUUGACUUUUAUCUUUGUACCGAAACAUCGCUAAUAGGAUAAUUUUUUUUAGAUACAAAUUAGAUGCGUUGAUAAAGGGCUCCCGAUUUUCGAUAUAUAUACAAGAAUUGCUCGACUAAAGGUAUUAGAUGACAAAUAAUUUUGAAAUAUUGUAAACUUUUGUAUUCUCUGUUGUGUUAAUGUGUGAAUUCAAAUUAUAUAUACGAAAAAAAAAACAUACCAACACUGGUUCACUAACAAAUAACUGUUAAAAAGUUAAUCUAUAAUAUAUUUACAAAUUACCAGUAGUUGACGGAAUAUAAAUUAUGGAUAUCGCCCUUAUUGAGUCGUAUAACGCUAUAUUAAAUAUUCGAAUUCAUUAUAAUCAUAAAAUCGACAGCAAAACCAUUUGUUUAAUGGAUGCUUUAACUUAUAAUAGUGAGAUAAUAAUAGGAUUACGGAACUGAAAUAUUACUAGUCACUAAACUACUUUGUAUAUCCAAUUAUUAGUAUAAAUAUAUAAACAUUAUAUCUUGCUCCAUUGACUAAUUGUCUAUUAAUUUGACUCAUUAAAAACUUUGGAAUUAUUAGAAGUCAUAAUCACAGUGUACUAAAAGUACACUUAAUUUCUACCAUUACAUAUUUUUAUGUUGUUUUCGCGUCGCUUCUAUACUUGAAUUUAAAUAACGUCUUAUGAAUUCGUCUAAACUUUUUAUAUAAAACAGCCUUCAUAUUCUUCCCGCCCUUUUCCAUAUCUGUUUGGAGUCGGUGUAAUAUGUUUUCAGCUUCUAUUCAUCUCUGUUUAAAGUUAUCUCACUAGUCACUCCCGUUUUGCCCAUUAUAUCUUUCACACCAGUCCAUCCAUCUUUUUUCGAGUCUUCCUCUAUACUUAUAAUCAUACACAUUCAUACUUAAUAGAUUUCUUAUUACAUUCUCUUUCACAUGUUAUAAGAGUUCCAUACUUUUACUAUUUACUGUGUAAACUCUGUUCGUGUGAAAAUUUGUAGAAUGAAAUUAUGUAUUUGUAAAUAUUGAUCUAUCAUUAGUGUUACUUUUCGGAUAGCCAAUGUGAUAAUAUAGUAUUAAAUUCUAUUAUUUACUAUAGUUUGUUUCAAUAGAACUUAAUGAAAAAGUAACAAAUGUUUGUUGGAAUCUUCAUAAAAGCUAUAAAUGAAAUUAAUUACAAAUAGUUUUAAUCAAUUAUUUAUUUACGUUUUCAUUAAAUUCAAUUGAAACAGACUAGGUGUUGGGAUCUCAAGAGUUGUACACAAAUACUGUGUAAAGUCUACAAACUUUAAAAAUUCACAAGUGAUAAACGUGAGUAUUAAGGCUUUGUAUCUAAUUAU